AAAAAAAAAAAAGCCACAAAAUGUGAUAAAAGGAGGUCAUAUAUAAUUGAGCAACACAAUAAUUGAGAUUGCAGUCCAAAGCUGAGUAGUUAGGAAAGAACUUCACAACACUAGUCUCAGAGUAGUUUUUACUUUUCACAAUAGACAUUUGGUGAUUUUUCCAAAUAUUCAAAACUAUUUUAAAAGGUUAACAUUCCAUCGAUCUAUCGAAAAGAUAUUACACAAGCAACAAUUGAUUACGUAAACGCAACCGGAGUUUUUGCAGCAGUUUACAUUAGCUACCGUGACCUGUGUUCGCGACAUGUCAUAUAACAAAGCUAAUAAUCCGCAUUCAGACGGCAUCUUUGUUGUUCAUUGUGCACAAAAGAUGAAUUAUACAUACACAGUUGACGAAAGCUGUAGGGCAAAUUCAAAAAACAGCUGUCUUGAGAUUUUACAUUCUUGCGCAAAUAAUUGUUUCAAAGAGUAAAGAUGACGCACACAUAUGAGCGGUAAAAUCCGACAAGCCGAACAGAACAUUGAAAAUAUAUAUUUUCCUGUAGUUGUUGCUAACGUUAGCUUAAGGUCGUCCUUACAAAUGAAUACAAGCAUCAAUAUCGUCGCAUUUCAUGACGUCACAAGUUGAGGACAAUUAGUCAUGACGUACGAGUUACCGCAAUUCAUCGGUGAAGAUUUAACUUAACUCAACCUAAUACAACUACUUCAAAGACUGAAGAUGACGCACCAAACGACAGGUGAAAAAUACGAGAAGCGCAACAAGACCUGAAAAAAAUCCUGUUAUUUUAAGCUAAUGUUAUUUUAAGAUUGCCUUUUUAUAUAAUCAUCAUCCUUGCAAAUGAAUGCAAAACAAACGCAACUCGAAGUGAAGACUCUGACAGAGUAUGAGCUUCAGCAGUUAUAUAAGGCCUUGUUGAUUGCUUCAUGCCGGUUAGAUCCCAGAGACCCUAUACAGUUCCUGAAAAACACUCUGGUCACCUUCCAGGGACAUGACAACCUGCAGAAUGUGGACUGGGACAAGUUUCUCAGUGAUGACGAGAACCAGUCUGCGUUGGCCGGUCUGCAAUUGGACGACACAGAUUAUAUGGACUCCAAAGACCUCAUGGCUUUGUUUUAUAGCUACGAGAAGGCGUACUCCUGUUACAGGAGGAAAUUAACAAGCGCUGCUUUCAGGAGCUGGAAGAGUUUCACCAUGAUCAGCAUGACAGACGCGUCAGAGUUGGCUCACAAGAUGGACGCUGCAGCGAAGCACUACGACAGGUCAAAGCAGGUGGCGGCUUUCAUCGCGUGGAUGCACUGGGUCAAACUCAAGGAGGAGUCGCGGGCUGCUGCAGUCAAAAAGCUGGCACAUGUUUUUGAAGCAUGCAUCCUGAAACGCAUCAUGGCCGCGUGGAGAAGUAUUGUAAGGGACUCAAGGAGGACCAAAGAUUACUUUAGGAAGCUGCAGACGGAUUCAGAGCUGGGGCGCCAUCAAAGCCACAUUGGAGAAGGAUGCGAUUGGCUCUCUGCACUGCCCACAAAUAUCUCGCUCAAGAUCUUCCAGUAUCUGGAAAUAAGAGACCUGCUGAGCUGUGCUGAAGUGUGCUGCAGUUGGAAGACUCUUAUCCACUCAAGCUCUCUUUGGAGUAAGGUCAAUGUGUCAAUGUUCAAAGACUGGAUAACGGACAACACCAUGAAUGAGGUCAUGCAGAAUUUCCGCCCGUUUGUGAUCCAUCUGAACCUGCGCGGCUGCAACUCCUUAGAAUGGUCCAGUUUGCAAUAUAUCGGCGAAUGCAGGAAUCUCCAAGAGCUCAACGUGUCAGAGUGUUUUAAUAUCACUGACGACAUGAUUCAGUCAAUAGUGGAGGGCUGCAACUACCUGCUCUACUUGAACAUUUCCAGCACUCUUUUGACAGACCUCAGCCUCAAGGAACUGUCCAGAAACUGUAUCAACCUUCAGUAUCUGAGUGUGGCCUACUGCCGCAAACUGACAGAUGAAGGUUUCCAGUACCUGAGCGAAGGAAAUGGUUGUCACAGUCUCAUCCACUUGGACCUGUCCGGCUGCACCCAGGUGACAGUGACGGGCUUCAACUACAUUUCAGACGCAUGCCCUUUCCUCAAAGAGAUUGUGAUGAACGACUUACACAUGCUGUCGGAUAACUGCAUCUCGGCCCUGGUGACCAAAUGCCACAGUCUGUCCUCCAUCUCUCUGCUGGAGGCGUGUAACCUUACCGACAUUGGCAUCAAAGCAAUCGCUGAAGUAGCCAAACUGAAGACUUUCGUCAUUGAAGGUAACAAGCAUGCGAGCCACUUGAGCUGGAAGGCUCUGUGCUCCAGCUCGCGAGGCCUCCGCAGCCUUCACGUGGUUGACUGCCGCAAGAUGACUGAUGUGGGCCUCAAGUCUGUGGCCUCUCUCAGAAACCUGCAGUCCCUGGACAUCUCGCUCUGUACCAAAGUGACCGAUAGAGGGAUUUGUCACCUGGCCGACAGCUCCUCGGCAUCCAAAUUGCGAGAUCUGAGUCUCAGUCAGUGUUCUCUGAUAACUGAUUCAGCUGUCAACAUGAUUGGAUACAGAUUUUCUAAGCUGUGCCAUCUCAAUCUGAGCUACUGCGAGCAGCUGACUGACGCCGCUCUGGAGUCUCUGAGUUGCAGCUACAUCAGCUCCCUGGACAUCAGCGGCUGCAACAUUCAAGAUGAGGGUUUGGCUGCUCUUGAGGAGGUUCCCUUGAAAAAGUUGAUUAUCGCCCAAUGUAUCAACAUCACAGAUGUUGGUAUUGAGAAUCUAUGCAAGUAUGUGACAGAGCUGGAAUAUGUCGAUGUGUCCGGGUGUUUGGAUCUGUCUGACCAAGCCAUCAGAGCCUUCUCAUUUUACUGCAGAGGUCUAUUCACACUGAGGAUGGGAGGCUGUCCAAAGAUGACCGACAUGGCAGUUCAGUGCCUUUCAAGCGGCACCCAAUACCUGCGAGAGCUCGACGUCAGCGGCUGUGUCUUCACUGAUCGUGCCAUCAAAUACAUCGAGAGGCUCUGCCCACCGCUCUCGUCCAUCAUUAUGAACGACUGCAACAGCAUCUCAGAGGCAGCCGCCAUGAGGUUGCAGCCGUAUGUGCAGCAUUGGGAGUACAGCAAUAAUGAGACCAACCUAUGGCUUCGAUGAAAAGGUGCAGAAGAACAAGAUGCAAAAUAAUUUCAAUCAAUCAUAACAGUCCUUGACAAUCACAGAAUGGCACUCGUCACCCCAAAAAAUCCUAAACAUGGAUUAACACCUUCAGAGAUAACCACUAUGUUGUUGCUGGAUUUUGAUUAAUACAUGCAUUAUUUACGAAUUAAAUGCAAGAUUAACCAAAUAUCAGCUCAAUGAUUUAAGUAUUUAUGUUUAUUUUUAAUGUUAUUGAACUUU